CCGGCACCAGCCGAUUCCCGCCGUCGCGGUCGACCCAACAAAACCGGCUGCUUCAACGACGAGGGCGAGGAUGGCCAGCACACUACUACGCCGUCAAUUUGCGCUGCUAAGACGAGGCCCGUUCCGCUCAUUUGCUACAUCGACUGUUCGGUGUAGACCGGACACACCGCAGACGUCCAAGAAUAAUGUAUUCGAUACACAUACCGUGGAGGACCUGCAUGGCCUCUCCGCAUCCGAAAUCCUGGCAGAGACUGGCACUCGUGCUGACACAAAGUUGAGACAUUUUACUGUCAAUUUUGGUCCUCAACACCCUGCAGCCCACGGUGUGCUCCGUUUGAUUUUGGAGUUAAAUGGGGAGGAGAUUCUCCGUUCGGACCCUCACAUUGGACUUCUACAUCGCGGUACAGAAAAGCUGAUCGAGUACAAGACUUACUUACAAGCAUUGCCGUACUUCGAUCGUUUGGACUACGUCUCCAUGAUGACGAAUGAGCUCUGCUACAGUCUCGCGGUAGAGAAACUUCUUAACAUCGAAGUUCCUGAACGCGCCAAAUGGAUCCGAACUCUGUUCGGUGAAAUUACUCGUGUCCUAAACCACUUGAUGGCCGUUCUUACACACGCUAUGGAUGUUGGCGCACUGACACCAUUCUUGUGGGGCUUCGAAGAACGCGAAAAGCUGAUGGAAUUUUACGAGCGCGUCUCCGGUGCUCGUCUCCAUUCUGCCUAUGUCCGCCCGGGCGGCGUUGCUUUCGACCUCCCGCACGGUCUCCUGGAAGAUAUCUUCAAAUGGGCCACUCAAUUCAGCUCACGCGUAGAUGAAAUCGAGGAGGUCGUCACAGGUAACAGGAUAUGGAAACAACGGACGAUCGGUAUCGGUGUCGUGACAGCCAAGGAGGCGUUGGAUUACAGUUUCACUGGUGUCAUGCUGCGCGGGAGCGGUAUUCCGUGGGAUUUAAGGAAGGUUGCUCCAUAUGAUAAAUACGAUGAGGUCGAGUUCGAUGUCCCCGUUGGAAAGAACGGUGAUUGCUACGACCGCUACUUGUGCAGAGUCCAAGAAUUCCGGGAGAGUUUGCGCAUUAUUCAUCAGUGUCUAAACAAAAUGCCAACCGGUAUGGUUAAAGUGGAUGAUAACAAGAUCGUUCCGCCACCCCGUGCAUCCAUGAAGGAGAGCAUGGAGGCACUUAUUCAUCACUUCAAGUUAUUCAGCGAGGGUUACUCCGUGCCACCCGGCGAGACGUACAGUGCUAUCGAAGCUCCGAAGGGCGAGAUGGCUGUAUACCUUGUCUCUGAUGGCACGAACCGUCCAUACAGAUGUAAGAUUCGCGCUCCAGGAUUUGCGCAUCUUGCUGGAGCGGACUUCAUGAUGAGACAUCACAUGCUUGCAGAUGCAGUUGCGAUCAUUGGUACCAUGGACCUUGUGUUCGGCGAGGUAGAUCGUUAGAUAUUUUCUUUGUACCUCUGACCAGGGAUAUCCUCACUUCCAAGGAUAAUAUAGCUAGUUCCUCCUCACGUGAUCUGAUCUCUCGGAGUGAUGAAUGAUUGCUGUAUCCAACAUUCGGACAUCUCUUGGAUUCACUAACAAUAUGCAACGAUGAAUGCAUCGUUUCCCGUAGUUAGAGUCCAAGUCACUAGACACUGGUAGUGGCUCUAAGUGGACACUGGGUUUCCUAAUUUGGCAUGCACAACUUGGCA